AUGGCAGGCCUGUUAGACCUUCCCAAUGAAAUCAUUCUGUUCAUUGUCGACUACCUGCAAGCAGGCAUUCAGGAAGCCGAAGUGCAAGUGCCGUUCUAUAGGCUUGGGGACGCCUACCGUGACGCUAUCGACCAUGACCAACCACGGAUGACUGGAUAUUUGCGCUCUUUGAUACUCCUUUGCCAUCGCUUUCAUGAUCUUCUAACGCCAAUAAUGUACCGUGACAUCCUUGUCCGCGAUUACAAUUUCGGUGGAAAGAGAAGACCACUGGACCAGCUCAAUCGGACCCUACAGCAGAACCCGGGUCUCAAUGAAUUCAUUACUUCGGCAUCCAUUUCAUGUGGAGACUCCCUAGCCGAUUGCUCCAUUCUCCCUCUCGUCCCCUUCUUCUGGUACGCGAGCAUGUACACACUCACCAUUCACACAUUCAAUGACUGGUCGCCCCUGGAAUUUGAAGAUGACUCGCAUGUUGGCACCUCACCCGUUGAGUUCCUGAGACUUCUAGGAUGUGGAGCGCAUGAAGAGGCUCUUGCAUCUACAUUAAGCUGGCCAGCGGUUUUGAAAUCCCUUCAUUACGAUGUUGAGCAAGGCGAGUGGGACGGCCAUGCUGAGGGUGAACCUGCCAAGGAGUGGACGACUACUGCUUUUGUGCGCGCACUGCAGUCACAAAAGAGCACACUGGAAGAGCUGAUCCUGACAAGGCCGCGCUGUGUGCAUGAAGGGCUAUAUACUGGGCCUCAUAUCAUCCUCAGCGAGUUCACGGCCUUGAAAACACUUCAAAUCUAUCAUGCAUUUCUCCGUGGAUGGGAUGAAAGUUUCAGGAUUUGGAGAUGCUUACCUCCCAAUUUGGAGGUGUUGGAGGUGUUUUAUGACGAUACAGACCUCUAUCGAUUCCAAAAUGACUGUGAACCUGAUGGAUAUGAUAGCUUUCUUCCUGAUUUGAUUAGGCAUAAGAGGACACGCCUCCCGCAUCUGCACACGGUGACAAUCUACUCGCCUGAGAACCGCUAUGAUUCUGAAUCCGAAGGUGAAGAUGAAAGAACAGUGAAUGUACCGGGUCUUUGGGAGUUGCCGUCUUCGCUAGCAUCUGAGACUGAAGCCGCUGGGAUAAUAUUAAAUGUUUGGCUGGGAAUCGACGAAUGGUCUUUUGAUAGUAAAGGAUUACUCUAG